AUGGGUUGUGGCGACCAGUCUCUCUACCUAACCAGGCAACUGUUUAGGACGACUGACAUUCCCACUGCUUCUGCAGGUGGCAUGCAAGAAGCUCAGUCUGUCCGGCCACUCUUCGACUCGUAUGUUGGUCUCACGGUAGUAAAGUCUCAAGCAGAUUUUGCCAGAGAUCGACUUUUGCAGGUCCGAUCUAUCGCGGACCUCGAACGGACUUCUCAGGAAACAACAGAUGUGAAGAUCUUUGCUGCCAACGCAGCCGACCCUUCUUCAUGGGAAUUGAGCCUUAAGCGCGCUGUUUUCAGACCGAGCGUAAAGGGCGAGGCGAUCGAAGAGUGCACGAUUAAGACUCAAACAUGGCUAUUAGCGCUUGAUACAUUGUAUCACUUUCAACCCUCUCGUGACCGGUUGUUCAAAUGUGCGUACCAAGAUAUGCAAGCCUCUAUAAUGGCAUUUGAUCUCCUGCUUUCAGAUCAAGCCACGCCUUGGGAGAGGUUUGUCUUGCGCUUGAUGUGCCUCGUGGCUGGGAUUCCAUAUGGAAACUUUGUCACAAAGAAAGGGUAUCAGAGGAAUUUGACGCAGGCCGGGUAUGAGAGCAACCUGAUCGAAAUGCGGGAUAUUUCGGAACAUGUCUUUCCUGGUAUAGCCAAUUUUCUGAGGAAACAAGACGCCGAGUUGAGCAAGUACGGGAUGACCAUAGGCAGGUUCAAGGGGGCAGCAAAGGCUUUCGACUGGUGGGCUCAGACUGGAGUAGUCAGAGGAGUUAUUAUUGUGGCACGAAGAUCAGAGAACCCGGGCGCUGAAUAA